CAAAACAGGGGAUGGGGACCCGACUACCCAUCAGAAAGCAAGAUGGCGGCUUUGAGAAUUCUUCGGACCCGAGCUUUGCUGGUCAGCCCUCAGCUUGUGACCCGCUCGUUUCUGAAGACCGAUAAUGCUAGGACACCUUACGCUCCCACAGCUGUACACACAACUCCACAGAAUCAGAAUGCUGGUCAGUCUGGUAUGAUGGCGUCGACGCGCUGGAAAUUUGAGCACAUGGUCACUCUGGCAAUGACGGCAGCCGUUCCGACUGCUUUCAUUACACAGCAUCCUUUGCUGGACUACGUGCUGGCCGGAUGUCUGACUUUACAUGGCCACUGGGGUAUGGAGUCGAUCUUCUUGGACUACAUGCCCGGCAAGACCUUACCCAAGGUGGCCAACUCCUGUCUGUUCGGCGUCUCGGUGUUGACGUUUGCUGGGCUCUGCUACUUCAACUACAACGAUGUCGGGAUCACCAAGGCCAUCAUGAUGCUGUGGUCAUAAACCAGCCCAGA